AGACCUUGGAGGAAAUUGCUGAGAUGGAGGAGGAAAUCCGGCAGCUGGAGGAAGAUCUCCGGAAGAGAACGCUGGAUCUGAAAGUGGCUCACACCCGCCUGGAGACCCGCACGUACCGGCCCCACGUGGAGCUCUGCAGGGACCAGGCGCAGUUCGGGCUGACAGGGGAGGUGCAGGAUCUGGAGGCAGCGAUCCGAGUGCUGCAGCAGAAGCGGACAGAGUCACAGAAUGCCUUGGACGCUCUUUACAGACAACUUCACCGCAUCCAGACCGACAUUGGCUACAAAACCAACUCCCUGCAGCUGGACAACAAGUGCAUGGACACCCGGAGGAAACUCGUGAUCCCCGUGGAGAAAUUUGAUCCAGAGGUUGACGCCGUCAACCGGACCAGGAACCUCCCGAGGAACAGUCAGCUGGAGCUGGCUUAGUUUGGGAAUCGCGCAAAAACUCCCGGUGGUGACACGACUCCAUAGAGCCAGGAGGAGGGGGGGGUGGAGAGAACAAGCGACAUCUGCGCCGCGUUAGGAGAAUGGAAUUCUCCCCCCACCCCCGCCACACACCCCACCUCCUUGGUUUUCUUUUAUAACUCUCUGCCCCUUGGAUGAUGUUUACAGCCUCCCGCGCUCCGAGGAGAUUUAUAAACAAUAAAAAACAAAAGCAGCUUGUC